AUGUCUCUGUGGAGUACCUACCGCGGCCUUACCCCGAAAACCCGAGCCCUCUUUGGUGUUGGCGUUAUGGCCUGGGCUACCAUCGGCCUAUGGACAUCACCGCAGGUUGAGGAUGCACUCGGAAUGCACGCCUCGAAAGAAGAGCAGGAGGCACUGGACCGUAAGCUUGCAGUGCGGAUUUCGCGAGUCGGAGCCGAUGAGAAGGAUGAAACGAAAUGA